CUCCUCGCCCCGGCCAGCUGUGCCCGGCGUCGCCCUGCGUCCGGCCCUCCGGCCAGCCUUCCGCGGGCCACGCCGCGAUGGAGCUGCCCCAGCCCGAGCCCGCGCCGGGCGUGGCUCUCAGUCCGGCCGGCGUGCGCGGUGGCGCCGAGCGUCCCAGCCACCUCCGGGGCCUCCGGCUGGGAGCUCUUGGCCUCGUGGGGUCCCCGGAGCGCGCGGCCGCUUCCUCGCCGGUCACCACCCUCACCCAGACCAUGCACAACCUCGCCGGGCUGGGAAGUGAGACCCCAAAGAGUCAGGUAGGUGGCCUGCUCACACGCCUAUCCCUGUCCCGGAGACGAGCAUCUGAAUCUUCCCUGUCGUCUGAGUCCUCUGAAUCUUCUGAUGCAGGUCUCUGCAUGGAUUCUCCCAGCCCCAUGGACCCCCAGAUGGCAGAGCAGACGUUUGAACAGGCCAUCCAAGCAGCCAGCCGGGUCAUCCGAAACGAGCAGUUUGCCAUUCGACGCUUCCAGUCCUUACCGGUGAGGCUUCUGGGCCACAGCCCUGUGCUACGGAACAUCACCAACUCCCAAGCACCCGGCAGCUGGAGGAAGAGCGAGGCGUGUGGCCGAGCUGCCCGCAGCUCUGGGGAGGACAAAGAGAAUAAUGGAUUUGUUUUCAAGAUGCCAUGGAAACCCCCACAUCCCAGCCAUGCCCAUGCUUUGGAAGAGUGGGCUGACCGAAGAGAAGCCUUUGCCCAGAGACCAAGCUCAGCCCCCGACCUGAUGUGUCUCACCCCUGAGCGGAAGAUGGAAAUAGAGGAGUGGAGUCCCCCAGCCCGAUCCCGCUUCCCCCUGACUGCCACCCAGGGGUCCUCUGAGGAAGAUGAUGGAUUUGUGGACAUCCUGGAGAGUGACUUAAAGGAUGACAAUGUGGUCCCCCCAGGCAUGGAGAGCCUCAUUAGCGCCCCACUGGUCAAGACCUCAGAAAAGGAGGAAGAGCAGGACCUCAUCAUAUACAGCAAGUGCCAGCGGCUCUUCCGUUCUCCGUCCAUGCCCUGCAGCGUGAUCCGACCCAUCCUCAAGAGGCUGGAGCGGCCCCACGACAGGGACCUGCCCAUACAGAACAAGCGGAGGAAGAGCGUCACCCCUCCAGAGGAGCAACGGGAGGCCGAGGAACCUAAAGCCCGUGUCCUCCGCUCAAAGUCCUUGUGUCAUGAUGAGAUUGAGACUAUCCUGGACAGUGACCACCGAGAACUGAUUGGGGAUUACUCCAAGGCCUUCCUUCUGCAGACUGUGGAUGGGAAGCACCAAGAUCUCAAGUACAUCUCACCAGAAACGAUGGCAGCCCUGUUGGCAGGCAAGUUCAGCAACAUUGUGGAGAGGUUUGUGAUUGUGGACUGCAGGUACCCCUACGAGUAUGAAGGCGGGCACAUUAAGGGAGGGACCUGCCACCCAGGCCCAGGGCUACUGCCUGACCUCCAGCUCCUCUGGCAGACUGCCGUGAACUUGCCCCUGGAACGGGAUGCUGAGACCUUCCUGCUACAGAGCCCCAUCACACCCUGUAAUCUGGACAAGAGAAUCAUCCUCAUUUUCCACUGUGAAUUCUCAUCUGAACGCGGUCCCCGCAUGUGCCGUUUCAUCAGGGAGCGUGACAGAGCCGCCAACGACUAUCCCAGCCUCUACUAUCCGGAGAUGUAUAUCCUCAAGGGCGGCUAUAAGGAGUUCUUCCCACAGCACCCGACCUUCUGUGAGCCCCAGGACUACCGGCCCAUGAACCAUGAGGCCUUUAAGGACGAGUUGAAGACCUUCCGUCUCAAGACACGCAGCUGGGCUGGGGAGAGGAGCCGGCGGGAGCUCUGUAGCCGCCUGCAGGACCAGUGAAGGCCAGCACCAGUCCUGCCUACCUUCUCUUCCUCGUGGCCUGGGUGCCAGCCACCUAGGGCCCUGCAGGGCUGAGGGUCUGCUGGAGGCCCCAGGUGCCAUCCAGGGGAAGGGCAGUGAGGGUGUCCUGUCUGUCUGCCCCCAGCCCUGGUCCCCAUGUCUCCAUUCAAUCAUACUUCAGACCCUUGUUCCACCCCCACCCCAGCCCAGCCCCUGGAGGAGCCCAGCCUGUUGAUUUGGUGAAAUUGGAUUAUGUCGAGCUCUAAGGAAGUAUUUUGUGUCCAGCAGGGACCUUUUUUUGCUUUUUUUCCUUCCUUGUUUGAGUUAACCCUUUGUCUUCCCAUGUCCAGGAAAGACCCGCCUUUUCUCUAGGGGCUUUGUUUGUAUGUGGCCAGAGGAAAGCCACAGCCCCCCAGGAUGGGCCAAGGCAGAAUUCCUCCCUGUGAGGGGAGCUGGCACUGCGGCCGGGCCCUCUCUAGCACUCCUGGGUGUGUCUGCCGUGUUUUCUUUCUCUUUCUCUUUCCUGUCCCUCCACAUGAACACCUCCAGCACAAACAUAACCUCUUACUCUUUCCUGUUUCAGUGUUACCCGCACGCUUGAUUCAUUUGUCUGAUUUGUUGCCCAUCUCAGGACAUUCACAGGCUGAGGAUUAGGCUCCCCUCUCCAGCUGGGGUUAGAGACUCUGAACAUUAAUUAGCCACUUGACCCUAGCUCCUCAGGGGCCCUUGGGCCAGGGCUAAGGCCUGCAUCCUGAGCCCCUGGAAGCCCAGACCUCACCGCUGUGAACCCCGGGGCCUGACUGGUCAGAAUUUGCUGCUGUCUUGUUGUGGAUGGACAGAUGGACGAAUGGACGGAUGAUGGAUGGAUGGAUGGAUGGAUGGAUAGCCAUGGAUGCCCAAUGCCUUGCACACACAAACUGCUGAGUUGAAGCAUUUCAGUGAGCAUGACAGCCUGCGGCAAGAAUAUAUAUGUAUCUGUCUGUGUGGACAAACUCUUUACACUUUAAGGUUUGGAAAUAUUCAAGGUGAAAUGUCAUAGAAGCAGCGAAGCCAAGGACAGAGCCACGUCCGGAUUCCGAAUCUCAGGAUGUGUGGGGGGCUGUGCUUGAAGGCCCAGAUGAGUCAUCUGUUUGGGCCUUGGUUCAAUAAAGCACUGAGCAAGCUGA